AUCAGACAGCAGCCAGAAAACAGACCGAAAUACACAUCAGCGGGCAAACGUCACAGGCCGCCGCCGCCGCCAAGGGUUUAUUUUUCUAUUGUCUCUUUAUUUUGGGAGCUUCUCUUUUUCAUACAUAAGGAUUUGCCUGAUUUCAGAGAGAUGGCCCAGGAGACAAACCAAAGUCCCGUGCCCAUGCUCUGCGCCACUGGCUGUGGUUUCUAUGGCAACCCUAGGACUAGUGGCAUGUGCUCGGUUUGCUACAAAGAGAACAUAACAAGACAAAACAAUGGAGGUGUCAGUCCUAUUAGCUCAAUGGUAGGUUCUAGCGGUGUAACUGGCAGUCCCACCUCCGAAGCCUCAGCCAUUCAGAUCAUUGAAGCAACGCUAAACAAUUCUUCAGCUGCUAGUGCCGAGUCGCCCAACAGCUCCUCUGGCGCUGCUCUUCCGGUUACACAACAGAUGACUGAGAUGAGCAUAUCCUGUGAAGACGAUGCGGCCUCUCCAAAAGUAGAACUUCCCGAACCAGUUGUUACUCAGCCAACUGCAUCCACUGCAUCUCCAAGUACAGCUGGUAGCGACGAAGCCAAGACGCCAGAGGCCACCAAACCCAAGAGGAACAGAUGUUUUAUGUGUCGCAAGAAGGUUGGCCUGACAGGGUUCGACUGCCGCUGUGGGAAUCUAUUCUGUGGACUUCAUCGUUACUCGGACAAACACAACUGCCCAUACGACUACAAGGCGGAGGCUGCAGCCAAGAUCCGCAAAGAGAAUCCUGUCGUUGUUGCCGACAAGAUUCAGAGAAUAUAAAUCUUGCACCUUGAUUUUGCGAGAGAUCGGAUAAAAGGACUCGCGCUUGACCUGUGAUUCUAAAGACUAGGUUUUUUUUAAUUGCAGUAUGGGAAAAGAAUCGUCUUUCUAAGCCAAUGCAUGAGUGAUCACUUCGUUUCCAUCGUUCUAUUUGAUUUCUGUGUUUCUUCACGAGCUAAAACAAAUAGUGAAAACAAAAAGAAUGUUUAAGGUAUCUUGCCAGAUCUGUUUCUUAGUGGGCGAGUUGCUGUAAAUUGGAGUCUGAUUGUUGUGUUGAAGGCUGACCGUCAUACAGUGUGAUCGUUGCUCAUUUCUUUGUGAUUGUGUCCCUUGAUACGGGACUCAAGACUGUUACCACUCUGCCCUGAGCGCCGUUGGAGCAACAGUGCAUGGCUGGCUCAUGUAGCAAAUGGACGCUCUUUACUCUGGGUUGAAACGCUCCCCAUCACGUCAGGCUUUCGACAUUUAUAAGUGACGUUUUCUGCUUGAGCAUUGAUCAUCAAUUAUCAGGCUGUUGGAAUGAUCUUUGUUCUUUCAACUAUGUGAAAAAAGUUUAAACCGUUGACAGACUAUGUGAAAAAUAUAUUAUCCCAUUCAGAUGGUUCAUGCAGCCAGACCAGAACGCUUGAUCAGUUUUGAGCAACUACUUCCAUGAUACAACUGUCUGUGUCAAGUAUGCCUGGGGUUAAACAUUGUGACCAUGUGAAACAAUGGCUUUGUUCCCCUACAAUCCUUUAAGUGAAAUAAAAUAGAUUUUUAUGUUCCAUACUUGCGUGUUGCGUUGUAAAGCACCAUUUUUUUAAAUGUGGUUUCUGUUCAAGAAGUUGGAUUUUUAAAUGGCUGUUUUGCAUGGUUAAUGAACGGAGUAUUUUAAAGUUGACUGUGUAUUUGAAGUCGGUUUAUUUUUUGCUCUAAUUCACUUCAUGUUUGGGUUUUUUGUGUGAAUCUCUUUUCAAUGGGUAUUGUAGAUUGAUUGUCACAUUCUUUAAAUACAGGUAAGAAAAAUGGUAUUGUUUUUGUCAUUUAAUCAGUCCCAUUAGUUUGCUUGAGUAUUGUGUGUUGGUGUGAAAAUGCAAGUAUGUAUACAAGCAGACUCUGUGAAUUUUUUUACAAGGCUCACUCCGUUUUCUGUUUUGGGUCUGGCUGCACAGUACUGUUUGUUUAGUUUUAGCGAGUUUACAUAGUAAAUUAACCAUCGGUUUUGAUUUUAGUUAUGCAAGUUUGUACAAACCAUCUUUAUUUAUUAUAUGUAUUGCACAUAUAAUCUUGUUACCCAACAUUACUGCGAAAUUGUAUCAUGUAAAUAAAAUUAUGUACAGAGAUAUUAAAAUGUGUUUUGUUUCA